AGACCACACUGCUGAAGAUUUGACCUGCGCGGUGUGAGUCGAGUGCGAUGUGCGACAAGGCCGAGCAGGACCCGGAAGCCACCGUACUGACCAGCAACCCGGCCUCAGAGACGGACGACCGCCAGGGCUCCUACCCGGAGUCUGUGGACACCUUAGGCUCGUCACCGGGAACGUCGGAGAGAACGGCAACUCCAAACACAGGGCCUAGUUGCAGCAGCGCAAGCUCCUCGAGCCCAAACGCAGCAGGCGAGAAGCCGCAGUUCUACAUCGAGGUUGACGCCAGCUCCAUGGUCAACUUGAAAGCCGGAACCCAGUACACGCUGGUGCCCUUGGACGCAGAUCAGGCGACGGCGGCUGCCAUACCAACCUCGGGCAUUGCGCAGACGCUUGCUUGGGGCCGCACACUGGACGGACGACUACCUGGGGAAGAGGCAGCCGGGAACCCUAGAGUUGUGUCGAAGGAAGAGCUGACCAGCGACGCGUUCGGCCUGGACCAGGGCAUGAUGAACACUUUCGACGCGACCGCCGUGGCGCCUGGCAAAACCGAGGAGCAGGACGCGCCCCUCGACGCGGAGUUCGAGGGCUCCGAAGACAAGAUGACUUACACACCCCUCAUGACCGUCUCUCAGCAACAGCAGCAGCAACAGCAGCAAACAGAGGCUCACGAAGCGACCGCUGCAGCAGCCGCUGCCGCACAGAUGGUAAGCCUGUUUUCCUAA